CUGCAGCAAUGGAAUUCUUAACGCACUUGGCAGAAACGCCAAGCCGCAGCACCGCUCACGGCCAUUUCCAACCACCCCUCACCCACAACGACUUUCAGCACCGCAUCACUCUCCGCACAGGAGAGAAAGAAAAUACCCAAAGUCGACAAGCCAUCAACAAUGUAGCAGUCGUGGGAGCAGGAUACAGCGGCGUCGUGGCGGCAGCCCACCUCUCCCGCUACGGGUUCAACGUCCGCGUCUUUGAGCGGGGCUCCAACGUCGGCGGCAACUGGCUCUUUGACAGCCGCGUGCCCCGAGACCCGGCGUUCCCGAGCGACCGGCCAGAGACGCCGCUGCAGGACGUCACGCACGCCCCGCCGGGCCCGUGCUACGCGGGACUCAGGAACAACGUCCCGACGACGCUCAUGCGCAGCACCAUCGUGGACUGGCCCGCCGGCACGCCCGAGUUCGUCACGCAUCGCGAGGUGGAGGCGUACAUUGGCUCGAUAGUCGACGAGGCCGGCAUCGAGGACCUGAUAGAGCUGGACACGGCGGUGCUGCACGUCUGGAAGUCGCCCAGUGGGAAAUGGCAUGUUCGGACCAAGGGCAUGGAUGAUGGCGACGGGUUCCCCGAGAGCGUGUGGACGUUUGACGCCGUGGUUGCUGCGUCGGGCCACUACCACGUCCCUCGCGUACCUGAAAUCCCGGGCUUGGCUGCGUGGAAGAAACUGUUCCCGCAAAGCAUCACGCACUCGAAGCAGUACCGUGGACCUGAGACUUCUGGGUUCGCGGGCAAGAACGUGCUCAUUGUCGGGGCUGGUGUUUCGUCGCUGGACAUACUCAGGGAGACGGCUUCAGUCGCGAACAAGGUCUACCAGUCCUCGCGAGGGGGCUUGUUUGACCUACCGACGACCAUGUUCCCCGACAGCAGCAACGUGGAACGUGUUGCAGGGGUUGUCAAGUUUGAACCCCUAGACCAAACGCCAGACUCGCAGAAGCACCUCCCCGGUGCCGUGCAUCUGUCGGAUGGUACGGUUCUCAGGGACAUAGACCACGUCGUCAUGGCCACCGGCUACAUAACCUCAUAUCCCUACCUCGGGCCACGCAUGCAAAGACCAUGGCUCGAACUGCAAGAUGCACGCAAGACCAACGAUCAAGAGGUGAUUGUCACGGCCGAUGGGCUCAUCACCCACAACCUCCACAAGGACAUCUUCUACAUCCCCGAUCCGACUUUGGCAUUCGUCGGCGUUCCCUACCACAUCUCGACGUUCUCCUUCUUCGACGUGCAGGCGCAGGUCAUAGCACGAGUCUUUUCGGGACAUGCGCAGCUGCCCCCCAGGGCAGACAUGGCGGCAGAGUUUGCGAGGCGUUGGGUCGCCCAGGAUGGCGACGAGCAGGUCGAUCCGGUCUCGCUGGGCAAGACGUUUCAUAGCUUGUACGGCCGUGAGGAUGCAUACACGGACGAGCUGGUAGCGUGGGUGAACACGCAGGUGGAGGCAGCAGGCGGAGAGCCGAUGCAGACUCUCGGUGCGGCGUGGAGAACCAGGUACAGAGAACUGGUCGAGACCAGUUUGGUCACGAGAAAGAAUUGGUCUGUUUCAAAGAGUGCAUAGGUUGAUAGCGAUCAUGGCGUGGUUCUUCUUUUUUGCUUGUCCGG